AUGUUUGUGUUUUUGAUUCUAACACUUUUUUCUUUGGAGACUUUGGCUAUCUUAGUGUUGCCGAAAACUAAAACAGUUGUUACGAAGACAGUUCCUCUUGUCAAGUUAUAUAAAAAGCAGAAGAAGACUAGCGGCAUCAUUGGAAAACUGAAUUCAAUUGAAAAUGAAAAUUAUAUGUCGAUACCAAUGGAAGAAAGAAACUACUACAACCCAUAUGAAAGAUCACCUUAUGACACACCAAGUGAUCAACAAGGAACUCUUAACGCUAAUUUCGUCCAACACGUCCAAAGAAACAAUUACUUGACUCAAAACUUAAUCAAACCAAAUUGCCCUCAACACCCAAAUAACUUCUUACAACAUAGAAUGACCCAACAAAACCCAAUGCUUUAUAAUAGUUAUAUGCAAAGACCAUUACCCGGAUAUUAUGCACCAAGUUAUGGAAUGAAUUAUGGAUAUAGAAUGAAUUAUCCUUAUAAUCACCCAAUUUAUGGAUACACAUAUGGAUCUCCUUAUAUGAGAACUUAUCCAACACCAAUGCCUUACUCUCCCUAUUCUCUCCUCUAA